AAAAGAACCGAACGCUGCGCACGCCGCCAUAUACCUGCGAUCUCGCUUUGAACCGCAACAACUAACAGUCAGUAUAGUAUUAGUUCGAAACACCUGUAGACGCUAGUAUGUGAUUGAAUAUCGAAUGCUGGCCAGCACUGUCCAUGCAUGCAGCCAGGUACUGGUCAGGUGGUGAGCACGCAUCGAGAGUGAUCGCGGCAGUGAACGCGCGAGUGCACCAGCCCCCGAGCAAGGGACCCUCCGCUGCUGUGGCCCUAGAAAUAAGCUGCAGCAACCAUUUCACCACUAAGCCAUAUAAGUGCCAUAACCAUAGACAUUAAUACGUAAUCAAAGUGCAAUAUUGCCUAAAGUGACAUUUUUUCUGUGAUAUAGACUUGCCAUACAUAUAUAAAGAAUAUAACAUGACACGUAGAAGUAUCGAUAAAAGCUCCUCCACGCACGCAUCUCCAAUGGGAGAGGAAAACGGCAUGAUGUCUCCUCCUCCGCCUCAAGCAUCUCCAGCCGAACGUUCUCCCAUGAGGCUAUCCUCGAAUUCCCCCACGAUGCUGGCUACCAUGACACCUGUCAACGUCAUGGAGUUAAAGAAGGAGAUGGAGGAAGAAAGUGCCAUGGGAAGGAACCCAGCUUACGCUCAGGUCAAAACGGAAGUCCUCUACGAAAAGGACGAUGGGGAAAUAUAUGCUCAAACCAUAACAGAUAAAAACGACACACCGAUAGAUCUGAUCUACGAGGACGGGAACAAAACGGUGAUAUACACGACCACUCCCGAUCAGAAAGGGUUGGAAAUAUAUUCGGCUGACAAUUCAGGGGAAAUAACCAUAAACAACAUCAGCGCGCAUCAGAUCCACGCAGGCCAGCAGAUAGCGGACGUUCUGAUAGACGGGAACGCGGGAACAAUGAUGACGUCGAACAACGAACCCGUCAACAGCCCACCGGGAACCGUGUCUGUGGUACUGCAAGGGAACGGGCAGGGGUUGCUUCAGUACCCUCAGGCCCAAGUGCCCGGGACGACCGUUUUGGUUCUUUCGGAGCUGGUGGAUGACGUAGGGGUGCCAGUUGUGGGACUGACCAGGAAACGGAAAGAGCAUAGCGAGGCGUCCUCCCAGGGUACCAACGGUGAUCUAGCAGUGGUGGGCCCACGUGGCAUGGCAGAAUUGCCAGAGGGGGCCACUCCUCCGGAAGACCAGCAGACUUGGAGAGCUUAUUACGAACACCCCUUGACCGCAGCCACGACAGCCAUGCUCAACAUAGGAGGAGGCGCGGAAGAUCAAACAGCCACCAUGGGGUUGAUAUACGAGUACUACAAAUUGCCACCCCUGCCGGCAGAUUCCAAGGAUAAAUUAGCUGACCUUUGGCCGCCAAGCUCUCAAGCCGGAGGCAUCCUAACGUCGCAACUGAAAGCGACCAAUGGAUUAGUGAGCGGGGCGGGGCUAGAAUUGCCGACUCCGCCUUUGAGCAGUGGCGGUCAAUUGAGCUCCCAAGAGUUGCAAGGUUUAUUUAUUAACCAACACGUUGGCUACGCACAGCCCGCGGCCACUGGCGGACAAAACUUGCAGAUAGUGAAAAGGGAGCCCGAAGACCUGAGCCACCACCGGAAACUGGACUGCAGCUCGCCCAGUUCCGGAAGCCUGGACGGAUCGAUCAUCAUAUCCAAGCCUCGACCGAAGGUUGUGCUGGUGUCCUCCGGAGGGGGCGGCCAGCCAGCGGACCUGGUGGUGGACGUGAACUCGAUCAAGGACGAGGGUCAUCGCGGUCUCAACUCGCCACAGCACGGUUCCCGUUCCAUUAACGGCACACCGACAUCCACCCACAGCAGUCUACUAGCAGACGGGUCCACCACGGGACCUAUCGAGUUUAUCUCCGCGGAUGGACUCAAACCAGCUAUGUACACGACACAGAUAUUCGCCUCCAUGAGCAAUGCUGGCCACAGCGGCAGCGGAACCCCAUCGCCUACGCCCUACGCAGAUCACGUCUCGCAAUACACCCAGAGUUCUAUGGGUGGAGGACCAGUGGGAUCAAACUCCGCGGUCUAUUCCACGUCUUCGGGCCGUCCGAGCAGUUCUGGAGCUUUCUCGGUGUCGGCAGAUCCUUAUUACCGCGAAUACUUCACCACGGUAGCCUCGGGAGCCGGUACUCCCGAACCCGUGUAUUCUGGCCAGCUGCGCCAAGGGCAGCUGGCCUACGGGGAUGAAGCUGCCAACGGCGGGGCUAGCGCCAGCUUCGUGGAGCGCUAUGUUCGCCAGGCUCAGUACCAUGGCAAAAGCGUCAUUGCUGCUGCCACGGCAGCUGGUCUCACUGUUGAUCUUCCCAGCCCUGAUAGUGGCAUUGGUGCUGACGCCAUCACACCCCGCGACCAGAACACGCUGCAACAGUCUUUUGAUUAUACGGAACUAUGCCAGACCAAUUCGACUCUUCUGGAUCCUCUUUCCCUUUCACAAAGAAGCAACAGUUCCCAGUCACCUGGAGCACAACCAUCAAGUCGGAGCAGGCCAUGGCACGAUUUCGGAAGGCAGAACGACGCUGACAAAAUUCAAAUUCCAAAAAUAUUUUCCCCUUAUGGCUUUAAAUACCACCUGGAAUCGCCGAUUUCAACAUCACAAAGGAGAGAAGAUGACAGAAUUACGUAUAUCAAUAAAGGACAAUUUUAUGGCAUCACCCUGGAGUACAUACCUGAUCCAGAUAAACAGUUAAAAUCCCAAACGGUCAAAAGUAUAGUCAUGCUUAUGUUCAGAGAAGAGAAAAGCCCUGAAGAUGAAAUAAAGGCCUGGCAGUUCUGGCAUGGCCGGCAACACUCGGUGAAACAACGGAUUUUGGACGCAGAUACAAAAAACAGCGUAGGCCUGGUGGGAUGUAUAGAAGAGGUGUCCCACAAUGCCAUAGCAAUUUAUUGGAACCCAUUGGAAAGCCCUGCCAAAAUCAACAUUGCCGUCCAGUGUUUGAGCACAGACUUCAGUAGUCAAAAGGGCGUUAAAGGUCUACCUCUGCACUUACAAAUUGACACCUACGAAGAUCCAAGAGAUUCGAACAUUUACCAUAGAGGAUAUUGUCAAAUUAAAGUAUUCUGUGAUAAGGGAGCUGAAAGAAAGACACGUGACGAAGAACGAAGAGCAGCAAAAAGAAAAUUAACCUCCACAGGAAGAAAGAAGCUUGACGAACUCUACCAUCCAAUAUGCGAAAGAUCUGAAUUCUAUACCAUGAGCGACCUUGCAAAGCCUCCUGUGUUAUUCUCACCAGCUGAAGACAUCGAUAAGCUUACCUCGAUGGAACUUCAAGGGUUCUAUUCACACGAUCCUGACGGUUCCUUGACAGGACAAGAUCACGUCAAGUCUGGCUCUCCUUUUCUGCUCCACACAGCAUCAAAACCUCCCUCAACACCUACGUUGAAGUUCCACAAUCAUUUUCCACCGGACUCUGACAAGAAAGACAGCAUGCUGGACGCUAGCUUAACCACUGACGGUUCGGUGUUCUCGCCGCCGAUCAAGAGGGCCAAACUGAUGAGUCAGGGCAGUGCUGGACCUCCGCCACUGAACGAAAGGGUUAUGCUCUACGUCAGACAGGAAAAUGAGGAGGUUUAUACCCCCCUGCACGUCGUACCACCCACAACAAGCGGCCUGCUCAAUGCUAUUGAGAAUAAGUACAAAAUUAGCGCUUCAAGUAUAAAUAACUUGUAUCGAAAAAACAAAAAAGGCAUUACGGCCAAGAUUGAUGACGACAUGGUGGCAUAUUAUUGUAAUGAAGAUUUGUUUUUGCUUGAACUUAAAGCAGUUGAUGAAGACUUAUACGACAUAACAUUCGUAGAACUUAUGGACCAUUAAUACAAAAAAUAUACAAAAACCAACUGAUAUUACAUCGUUACGUACUUAUAUCAUUCCAAUUAUUUUGUUGUGAUUGUUUUUUAUACGUUACAAGCAAUUUUGCGUAGAACUUUAUAUUAAUGUUUAUAUAGUAGAAAUGUUGAUUUUUUCCUUGAUUACUCUAUCUAUUUUUAGU